UUUUUUAACUUUAGUAUUGUAGUUUGGUUUGUUGUCAUAAAAUGAAUUUUCAUACACCAAUUUCCAAUGAGUAAUUGGUUAUUUUUUUGUGUGUAAUGCGUAAAAAGUUGUCGAUUUUUUUUUUAAUUUUCUGACAUUGGCGAAUAAAAAAACAGUUUUUCGUGCGAAAAACUCAUCAUUAACGUUUAUUUUAUCGCGUUUUUUCUCACAAUUUGCAGAAAAAACCAAAAAAAAAAGAUAUAGUGAAUUUUAAAAGUGUUAAAUAGAAAAUAAAGAAGAAAAAAAUUGUCUAAAAAUGUGAUAUUCGAAAUCAGUUUUUUUUUAUCGAAAAAAUUAAUUACACUUUGAAACGAAAAAAUAAAAAACACCAAUAAGAUAAGCAAAGCAAGCGUGUAUUGACUUCAAUUAAUUUAGAUCACUUUGUUGAUUGCACGGUUCAAAUAUCAUUUUAAUAGCCCCAUAUAUUAUGUAUAAAAAUUCUUUCUAAUUUCUAAAAUUGAAGUCCGUUAUAAUCAAUAAAACCAAUUUAUAUAAAAUAACUGUUCGUAAUAAUAGUUAUAAAAAUACACCGAAAUAGUAAAAAAUUGAAAUUUAUUCUAUAGCAUCAUGACAUUGUAUUGGUGGAAUCAUUGGUUUUGGAUUACAGUGGUUAGCGUGCUCGCUACGUUACCGUUUACAUCCGUCGCGACAUAUCCUUUAAAUGGUCCAUCUGUAGAACAAAUUGAAGAUCAAAAUAAUAACAAUAAUAAUGCAAAGUUACCACUCGAAUUUCCAUUGCCAGCACAAACAGAUGUAGAUGAUAUAAUAGCAGGAAGUGAAAAUAUUCCAAGAACUUUAUUAAUAAAAGAAGAAAUUAUUGAAAAAUUAAAUAGUGGAAAAGAUGAUAGUUCAAUAUCUUCGGUAGCAGUGCCGUCUUUGUCAUCAACGUCAUUCCAAUCAUCAUCAUCAUCAUCGUCAUUAUCAUCAUCCGCCCAAGAACUUUUACCCAAAAUGGAAAAUCAAUUAAUUGAUAGAAGUGUUAAAGACAUUGACCAUUCAGUUCAGCAUAAACAACAACUUAAUAAUAAUAAUGAUGAAACUAUCAAAACAAAUAUUAAUAGCAACAUGAAUGUUACCGAUAGCAAUAGUAAUAGUAAUAGUGAUCGUAAUAGUAGUAAAAGUGUGAUACAAUUGAUUCCAAAAGCAAUUAAUCAAAAAAAUAAUCAUGAGAAUUUAAAGGAAUUGGAUUCACAUACAUCGGAAAGUGAAAUAUCAUCUUCAAUUCUUCAUCAAAAUUUAAAAAAACAACAGGAGUCAUUAGAUGUAGUUAGUUUCGAUAAUAAUAGUAAUCAUAGUAUAAGUAAUAGUAAUGAUACCAAUAAUAGUAAUGUUAGUAAGUUAAGUACAAAUAUAUCAUUAGGUGAAAAAAUACAUGAGCAAUUAAAAAUCUCAACAACUCCAAGCCCAUCAACUACAGUCACAACUACUGGAGCAUUUGGAAAAGCAGUAUCUCAUAUAAUGCAAGUUACAAAAGCUUCUAGUAAAAUAAAAUCGAAAACUAGCAUAAGCAAUGGUGACAAUGGUAAUAAUAAUGAAAAUGUAUCAUCAAUUCUAACUAAUUUAGAUGAGACGACAAUAGGAAGUGAUGCUAUAUCUAUGACAACAAUAUUACAUCCAGUUGAUCUUGGAAAUAAUAAUGAAAAUAGCAAAAGUGAGGAUGGUUUCGAUUCUGAAUUAAUAAAAUCAAUAAAUAGCAGUAAUCAUGAUGAAAUGACAGGAAAACUUCCAAUUACAUUAGAAAAUGUCACAAAAUUAAGUGAUAAAAGUUUAAAUAAAGAUGUAGAACGUGUACGUAAAUCAAAAGGUUUGUCAUCAGAAUAUCGUGAUGCUUUUAUUAAUAAUUACUCAGCCGAUUCAAAAAGUUUAUUAACAAGAUCAGCAGGACAAGAAGAGGAUUUUAAUGAAAGAAAUCGUUUAGAUGAUAAUGGUGGAAAUGUUUCGUCAGAAGCAUUACAGCGAGCUUACGUAAUGGAUGCUGGUACUAUUUCUGGCAUAUGUUUAUCCGUGUUGGCGAUAUGUUGCGGUGUUGGAACAGUUGGAAUUGUUUUAUAUCGUCGAAGAUUUUUAAAUAAACCACAAGCAUUAAGUGAACCUGAUUCAAGUGUGUACAUCGAUGAUAGUACAAUAAGGGAUAAUUCUGACGAGAUGUACAGCUUAGAUAAUGAUUCGUUCCUGAACUCGUUGGAAGCAAUGACGAUACAAAACUAUUGGACUGACACAGUAAAACACACAAAGCUUUAAAAAUCGCGAUAAUGAAAAAUGAAACUUAAUAAAGAAAUUAAUUAUAUAUGUCAUAAUUUAUACGUGUAACACAAAUAUUUAUUAUAAUUAGAAUUUAAAAUGUAAAACUGGAGUUUUUAAUUGGAAAACAGAAAAGAAAAUAUAAACAAAAUUUUAAUGUUCUUUAAAAAAUGUGACGCUUUUAAAUU